AUGCCUCCUGAAGUACGGUCAUUCCUAAGAGGAUGGGUUGCUGCGAUAAAACAGCUACCCGUUGACCAUCCUGAAAUUCAAAAAAUCCCCAUCUGUUUCGAAGGAUUUGGUGAAACAUUGUACAAAUCUUCUACAUACGAGAUUGAGUCGUAUUUUACAAAGAAUCACUCUGAACGCAACGGUGUUACUCGCUCUCUUGCCAAGGCUUUACGUUGGGAUUUACGGAGAUCAAGGGAGAAAGCCAAAGAAGAAGGUAAAUUGGAAAUAAGGAGGAAAAUAAUGACCAUAAAUAAACAAGAUAUUAGUAUAUUUGAGAAAAGCGCUACAGAGAGCAUCAUGGUGUCUGAGGAAGAUAGUAUCAAGCUCAGCACUUCAAUUGCUAUAUGUGCUAUCACUAUUUAUUCGCUCUAUCUUAUCUAA